ACCUUUCUUUUCCUUUCCGAGCUUCUAUGAGAGACUAUUUCCCAUGACCCACCAGCCCAAAAUAUAAAUUGUGAAGCGAGAUUCUACAGUUUCUGCUUUCUCAAAAGAUUACAGAAAUGGAGCCCCAAAAGGACAGGGAUGACAAUCCAGCUUCUGCAACUCGGAAGGUAAAAUUUCUCCCCAAAGCUCCGCCUCGCAGAACUUCUAAACCCACCGAAAUUAAAGCUGAAGUUGAGGAUGCAGAAGCUGCUACCAAGACCAGGAAAUUGUUGCAGCGUGUCACUGAAGCUGCAACAAGACGAAGACCCAAGGUCGAAAAUAAGGCUGCAGCACAAGUCACAUUUUAUCAAGGUGCAUCUCCUUCUUUAAGGACAUAUAACAUUCCCAAGGGAGGGAGUAGUAGUGGCAAUCGGGAUGAAUCAGAACCUAAAGUUUUUUAUUCUGAUGAUUCUGCAGAUGUUUCCCAAGCAUCAGAACAGAAGAUGAAGAAUGAAUAUGUUGAACCCUGGAAUUAUUUCAGUUACUAUCCUGUUACGCUUCCUCUGAGGAGGCCAGGUUCAGGAGAUCCAGAGGUUCUUAAUGAAGAGGAAUUUGGAGAGGUUGCAGAGAAAUCAGAAUAUGAUGAGACUGCUAUAAAUCCAGCUAUGGAGCUUGGGCUGAUGGAGGAAAGUGAGGAACCAAGAAUGUUGUUUCUUCAGCUACCUUCUUCUUUUCCUUUGGUUAAGAGAGCAGCUAGUGCAAAGGGGAAGGAGACAGUUGCAAGCUCAAAGCCGUUCAAAAAUGUUGGUCCUGCAGAGAAAGGCUGCAGUUUGGAGGAGUUGCCUGCUGGUUUCAUGGGCAAAAUGCUGGUUUACAAGAGUGGUGCCAUCAAGAUGAAGUUAGGAGAAAUCCUUUAUGAUGUUUCCCCUGGUUCUGAUUGUGCGUUUACUCAGGAUGUUGUAGCGAUUAACACUGAAGAUACACACUGCUGUGUCCUUGGGCCACUGGACAAGCAUGCAGUAGUAACUUCGAAUGUUGGGUCUCUCUUAAAUAGUGUGAUUGAACUGGAUUAACAUAGUCCCACACCAAAACAAGAAUCAGGAACAGACUUUACGUUGCAGUCCAAUUCCAAGAACCCUUGAUUGUCAAUAUUGAGACCUUUGUUGCAGAUAGGUUGAUGAGAAGGGAACCUCUUUUGUGUAUAUAGUGACUGCUGUCAAAUGCUUUGAAGGACUAGCUAGGAUGUGUUAACAAUGAAGACUCAAACCCCAAAAAGUAGUGGAAGCCUUGUACAUAUUGAACCCUUGCAUUUCUGUGAAUUUUUUCAUGCAAUGUUACUCAGAUGUUGCACGGUUGAAUGUGUAA